CAAACAUGGCGGACGAGCAAAACAACAGAAUUUCGUUUAGUUUUAGUCUUUAUUCUCACUAAAACCACAAUAUGAUGUAGCCAACCAAUACGAAUACGCUAUAUGCAUAAAGCUUUUUCUAAGAGCUCUACGCCUUGUUUGAAAUUUAAGGAAGAAUAGAUAUGAAAUAGAUUUAGACAAAUUUUACGAAAAUGGUUUAGUUGACGAAGCUGAAAAGUCUUGCUGAAAAAUGUUUGAAAAUCUCAAUUUAAAGAUCAUAUUUUCUCUAAUGCGAGUAAAGUAGGGCUUCGAUUAACUAAAGAUUCACAUUAUGGAAGGAUUUCAGUCCGGUGUACCAGGAAACUUGGCUGCUGAAGUUGAGAAUCUUUUAGCAGAAAAGGUUUCACUAGAAGAGGAAUUGAUACAAUGCAAGGAAGAUAAAGACUUUGUGUGGAAUUUGUGGAAAAGAUUACAGUCAGAAAAACCUGACAUGGCAUCUGUUAUAAGCAUGGUUGUCGCAAGAGAAAAAGAAAAAGUUGAAAAGAAAGACCAAAAAGUCCUUGAAAUACUUCGCUUGAAAGAUGAAAAAAUCAUGGAAAUGCGGCAGGCACUGAACUCUGAGAAAGAGGAAACAAAAGUCAACAAAGAAAGACUCCAUGAACUACUUAUCGAGAAUGACGAGCUGAAACAAAAACUGGAUGAAAGGGAAAAUGAGCGUGUUGGUAAAAUAAAUGAAAUGGAGGAAAGAACCAGAGAAAUAGAAGAAAAGAAUAGAUAUUUACAACAACUAGUAAAAGCCUACCAAGAAGAGAAGGAAUCUAAAGAUAAUGAACUGAAAGAGAAUUUAGAGGAUAUGAAUAAAGAGAAAAAUGGUCUCAGAACACAAGUAAAGGAGCUAGAGAGUAAAAUAGAGGAGCUCAACCAGGAUAAAACAUCCUUGGAAGAUGCUAUAAAAAYAAAUAAUCAUUUGCAAGAACAAAUUAAGGAUAUGCAAAUGAAUAUUGAAGAAUUAACUAAAAAGAGUGAAGAAUCUCAGAAUCAGCAUGAUGAAGCUAUCACAGCAUUAAAGUUGAGAGAGAGUCAACUGCAAGAGGAAAGUAAAGCUGCCCACUUUUUGUCUGGUGAAGUAAAAGACAAAGAGAGGGAGCUUAUAAGAUUAAGGGCAGAAGUUGCAGAAUCCAAGAAUGGUUAUGACAGGGCAAUGGGUUUAAUCAAAGAACAAACAGAAAUAAUUGAACAUUUACAAGGAACACAGGAUCAGCUAUACAGAGUGAAUGAAGAUCAUAAACAGUCGUACGAAAGAGAUAUUGCAUCGCUGCAAAAGGAAAACGAAGAUUUGCAGCUUCUUUGUACUCAGUAUCAAAGUAGACAGGAGCACCUUCAACAUGAGAUUGGAGUACUGCGACAGGAAAAGGCGAGUCAUUUCGAGGACGUGUUAACCAAAGAGCGUCUGAUAGAAGAACUACAGCUUUCCCUAGAUGAGCCCGGCCGUGGUUCCGCUGCCAGCCCAACUAAACGUGCUAGACUAGAUUCAGAGCAAUCUUGUAGGCGAUGUAAAGAAUUAGAAGAAAAACUAGAGGUUAUGCAGGUAGAAAACGAGGAGCUUUCUGAUGCUUUACAAGAAAGAUCGAGGAGGAUCUCUUCACUGCAGAAGACAUUAAAGAGCACUAUAACAAGUAGACACAAGAGCAGUGACAAACAAUCUCCAGGAGGGAGUUCUCAACGAAUGGACGAAGAAAAGGAUGAAACGGUUGAAAUACCAAGUCAAGACCAAGUAGACACCCUGUUGCGCAAACUAGAUCGAUGUCAGAGAAAAAUAGAAGAUCAUAAAAGACUGCUGGACUUGAAGGAUAGCGAAUUGAACGAAGUUCGUCGCGCCCACAAUCAAAGGCAUCAGCGGUAUCGUUUAUUAAAAGAGAACUAUGAGCUUGUUCAGAAUCAACUGAGGACAUUUGAAAGUGAACCGAGAGAGGGUACCCCUCCUGAACGACCAAGUGAGCGUGCUCUAAGACACGAGAAUAGCGAUGGCGUUUGGAACGAACUCACGUACUACCGAGGAGAAUUUGAAAAACUAAGCAAAGAAAGACAUAACGUCUUAGAGGAGUUGGAUGUUCUACGUGUUGAGCAUGCGAACGAUCUGACCACCAUUCAAGAACUUAAACUCUGUUUGGAGGAAGAGAAAGAAGGUCUUCUUGACAAGCUAAACGAAGAAAACAAAAAAAAUGAAGCGAAAAAUAUCGCAGAGGCAAGAAAAACCGCUUCCGUAAUGAAAGAAGAAAUUACUGCGCUGAAGGACUUGAAAUUGGAAUGCGAAAAUAAAAUACAUGGUCUAGAGGAAGAGGUAUUACGUCUGCAGAAGGAAAGAAAAUCUUUUAUCGAUGACAAUGUGGCUUUGAAGAAAAAAGUGGCUAAUCUCGAACGACAACUCGAAGCAGCAUCGCGGGAAAUCGAAGAUCGAAUCGAAGAGUGUGAGAAUUUGAAAAUGGAACUAGUGGAGAAGGAAAACCGUCCAGCUGGAUCGCCGGUCAGCAAGUCUCCUACGUUCACCAAGAGACUCGUGGAAGAUACUUCUGACAAGUUGAUUAAGCAACAGGCAAAAGAUAUCGACAUGUAUGACCAACAACUGAAAAAAAUCGCUCAAAAAAUCCUAAGCCCCUCCAAACAACCGAAAUCCGGUCCAUCCCCUCUUCGUAAAGAGAGUCAGGCAACACAAACUUUAGAAGUGUCCCGCACUGCCGACUUCAGCUCCUUUGUAGACUUCGAUAACGAAGGCGAUGAAGACGGGAUAUGUGAAGUGGAUGCAAGAGGAAGGGUUGGAGAGAAUAGCACAAGUGUUAAACUAGACACUUCGAAGAAAUUCCAAACGCCUCGAGGGAAAAAGGGCGGCGUUGGUGUGAAGAAGACGCCGGUUAAAGGCGAAUGGGCUAGCAUGAAGCAGAGAAUCCUUAGUCUAACACAGCAGGUCGCAGCAUUACGUAACGCCAAGGACAAGGCAGUCAAAGCUUUGAACGAAGAAAAGACGACCAGCGAAAAUCUGCGGUCUGAAUUCAACACAGUUCUUCAACGACUUCAAGUUAGCAAGAACACCAUUCAGACGUUGAAUGAGGACUUGAGGAAGUGUAUGAAAGAAAAAGAGGAGUUGAAGGCUGAGGAGCAAAAUGUGAUCCAACAGGAUAAUGAUGCUGAGAUCGUUAGACGAAAGCAAGAGGAGAAGCUUAAGGUAUCAAGCAAUGAAGUAUCUCGUCUUACUUGCAUCAUUAAAACUUUACGCAACGAGAAUAAAGAAUUAAAAGAAAAAUUAUCUGACACACAAGAAAGACUCAGUAGAAUAGAAAAGGACCUUGCACAGAAAAAGACAUUCGUUGAAGAAAUGAAAAACAAGUUAAGAAAGACGCAAGACACGGAAGAAAGAUACGCAGACACGGUGAGAGACCUUGAAGAAAAGAUUCGACGUUUGUUCGAUCGAGAAACACAGAAGAAACUCCAGAUCGAUAGUCUAAAGCGUCAGCUUGAAGCCGAGACGAGAGAAAAAGAAAAAUUCCAACAGCAGUAUUACCUGUCCCAAGAGGAAGUCAAGAAAAAGAUGCGUCUGUUGUCCGAUACCCAGUCUCUACGCAGCCAGGCUGAAAAGGCGGUAACCGAGAUGGAAGCAGCUGCGACACAGCAACUCCAAGGACUGGCUAAUAAGAGUGAGAUGGCUAUCAACUCGAUACGCACUAAACUGGACAGAGCAAAUGACAUGAUAGAGGAAUUCCAGGCCUUGAUUAAGACGCUCGCAGACAAACUCCUAGCAGACAUCGAUAGAACACACUAUAAAAUACAUGAGUUGGAGGAACAAGCAGAACAAGAAGAACUCAGUAAACCAGCCUCGAGGCAAGCACAUGAUCUGGCUUGCUCAAUUCUCAACAUGACGAGCAAUGAUCUUGAUGACUUUAUGAAAGAAGAUGACAACAAGAGUGAAGAAACAGCUGCAAGAAAAAAGAAAGGAAAUGAAUGGAGGAAUAAGAUAGAUUCCAUAAUGAGAAAAGAGGUCUCUUUUGCAGUCCCUUUGUUGGAAAUUCUUUUGCAAAUCAUAGAGGGAAGAAAGUCCCUGGAAGGACGACUUAUUCAGUUGACAAACAGCAGUCAGAGAUAAUAUAUAUACAUAUUAACAAACUAAUUUUAUAAAUAGUUAAAUUAUUUUUUAUUUCAUAAAUGUAAAUAUUUAAGUAUUAAAUAGCUUGCCCUUGAUUCAUUUUUUUUUUUUUCCCCAACCAUUUACUUCCUUGCAUCAAUCUGCCACAUUAGCAUCCAUCUUAUCCAUCUUA